UCAACAUGGAAAUACUCCGUCACACCAUCAACAAGCCAUAGUACCGAGAACCGAUUACCACGGCGUUGGGCGUGGCGAAUAUCCUCCUCCACCCGAAGGAUACUAUCCUCCACAUCAUCCUAUAUAUUAUCAUCCUCCACCACACUUUGCCACAUAUCUCCCAACUACAAUGAAUCCAAAUGUACCAGUACCACAUUCGGAUGAAUAUCAAGACCGUAAUUCAAAAAGAACAAAACCGAAUAAUGCUGAUACAUCAAUUUCCGCAACGACUUAUGAAGCUGAUAAAAAUAAAAUUCCCUCUCCCGCUAAGAAUUCAAUACCUGUAUCGUCAAAUCCACGGAUAAGGUAUAGGAAAGAUCGUUUCGGUACCUUUGACGUUCCAGCCGGAGAGGAGGAGGACAAAAGAUUGAUUAUUUGUCAUUCUUCAUUGACACAAGAUAAAAUUACACGAUUUUCAUAUAGAACAUAUAAGUUGAUAGUUUGUCAACAGCCGCUACGUGCUCGUAUGUGCGGUUUCGGCGAAAAAGAUCGACGUCCAAUCGAUCCACCGCCGAUCGUACAGUUAGUGGUGAAUGAUGAAAACGGAAAUCUGGAUUCCAGUAUGUUACAGAAUCCAUUUUUCGUCCUUCAUGUCACUCUGUGGUCCGAAGAUUGUAAAGAGGAACGCAAUGUAAUUAGUAACCCACCCAAAAUCACGCGCGUACUUAUGGGUUCCCUUGUUUCAUCUCCGGCCAUUCUAAAAAAUACGGAUGGAGAACCGGGCUGUUACUUUUGUUUUCCUGAUCUUUCUAUACGUACGGAAGGCAAAUAUACACUAAAGUUUUCAUUAAUGAAAUUAGGAACCGAAGACCGUUUGAUAGAUACAAGAACGGACAUUAUUUCCACUGCAUUCUCUAACCCGUUUACUGUAUAUUCGGCUAAGAAGUUUCCCGGAAUGACCGAAUCUACAGAGCUUUCGAAAGCCUUUGCAAAACAAGGUUUAAAGAUUCCCAUUCGAAACGACGUUCGACCAAGAAAAGUCGCUGAGGAUUGA